AUGCCAGAGACUGUUGAAUCACUCACAGAGCAGCUUAAGGAGCUCGCACUCCUUGUGAAGAAGCAAAAUGAGGUUAUCAGCAAGACCGGAGAACAGGUGUUAACUUUACAGGUUGAGAACACCAAGACCAGGGUUGGCCAUUUUGGCUCCAAGCCUAGUGCCAAACGGUCUCCUUCAAUCGACACGAGCGAUUUCGCCACUAACGAAGACUUGGUGCAAUUGGUUGGCGAGUUGCAAGGCCAGCUGGAUGUCCUGGAGGAGCGUAGCAUCAGAAGAUUGAUCAACUCUAAGAAGACUGGGAACGAGUUGUUGGCUCCACUGUUGAACCAGGAUGGUGAGGAGCCGCCAGUGGAGCUGUUCCCAGGCACAUUGGCAGAGUUCAAGGACCUGAGCGAUGAGGAUCUCGUGAAGCUUGCUAGAUUCUAUGAACUGCUCCCACCAACUGCUGCUGAGAGAGCAAAGUUUGAGGAGUUUGUCGAGACUGAAAACGCUGCUGAAGUUGAGACUGUUGAAGUGAAGCCUUCUGACUUCUCCUCCGAGGACCUCAUUGACGCCUAUGACAAACUAUCAAGAUUCUUGGGAUUGACCUUUAGAAGAGGCGAGGAUGCCUGGUAA